AUAUGGCGGCCGCUGCGGCAGAGCGUUUCCCGCGUAAACCAAUCUCAACCUCGCGAUUGGCUGAGCUACGCCAAUAGUUUUUGGCUUCUGUUGGAUCUGAAACAAAAGAUACCUCUUCUAAUUACUUGGAGCGACAAGAGAAAGAUCAUACGACGUGAACGUAUGGGGAAUAUACUCAAGCAGCAGACGCAUGACGAAAUGUAAACAACAGUGAAUUAGCGGUUAGGCAGUGGGAAUUGUGACGCGAGAUAAGAAGACGAAGAGGGUGAAUCGUGGAUCUCCGGUUUUCGGACGAGGGUCGCACACACGAUCGAGAUAGAUCCGUGUCCUGCGAAUCGAUCGAUGUGACGGCGUGGCGAACGAAACCGAAUUCGAGAAAAAAUGUGCGACAAGUAUGUCAUCGGUUACUGGGUGUCCGAAAGGAAACGACAGAAAUUUAAUUGGAACGAUUUUGAGAACGUCUGCGAGAGCGAAGGAUUUCAGUUAAAAAUGGUUGAUGUGAAUUCAAGCCUUGAAAAGCAGGGACCAUUACAUGUUUUUCUACACAAACUAACAAGCACGCAAUCGCGUGCGGAAAAUGGUGAUAAAAAUGCUGAAGGUAUAUUGUCGAGACUCCAGGAAUAUAUUGCUAAACACCCAGAUCUGAUUGUUAUUGACCCUUUGGACAAUACUAGGAACUUACGUAACCGGUGUAAAUCUUAUGAAUUUAUACAAGAAGGUAUUAGAGAAAGUUUUAAUGAUAUAUUUACUCCAAACUUUGUAGAAAUUAAGAGCAGGAAUGUUCAUGAAAUAUCAUCAACUUUGAAGAAACAUGGCAUUAAAUAUCCAUUUGUUUGUAAACCACUUAUUGCAUAUGGCUUCAGCGAUGCACAUAAGAUGAUGAUCAUCUUCAACGAAAAGGACUUGAAAGACUGUCAGCCACCUUGUGUUGCUCAGGACUUCGUCAAUCACAACGCUAUUUUGUACAAGGUGUUUAUUGUGGGUGAGCAUUUUCAUGUUGUAGAGCGGCCCAGCUUGAAGAACUUUUAUCAAGAAGACUGUAACUCAUUAAGUACAAUAUUCUUCGAUUCACACGAUAUAUCUAAAAGUGGAAGUAAGUCCAAGUGGUCGAUCCUGUCCGAAGAAGACAUUCCUUUAACCAUGAAGCCAAAUUAUCAAGUAUUCCAGACGAUCGUCAAAAGUAUCAAAGAGAUAUUCAGACUCACACUAGUCGGAGUAGAUGUUGUGAUUGAGAAUCACACUGGGAAAUAUGCAAUCAUAGACGUGAAUGUGUUUCCUGGAUACGACGGUUAUCCAAAUUUCUUCGAGCACUUGAUAGACAGCAUUAGGAAAUUAUUGGUGGAGCAAGGAGUGUGCAGGCAAAGUCUCAAGGGUUGCACACUGAAGAAGUGUCAAAGUGAUGAUCUGGAUUCCGGUUUCGAAAGCGACGAGAAGCGAAAGUGUUCUAUGAAAUAAGCGCGUGACCGCAUUAACACGUUGACUGCUAUCAUGGGAUUAUCGGUGGCCAGUGCUAUGAUUCCGCCACAUCUUGUCGAUUAAAUGUACAGUCAAAAGGAAACGAAUGCUCCCAAUUAACAAAUGUGU